AACCAAGCCAACCUGUUGAGUGUCACAGUGGAGAAGGCAGGCAGGGUGUUGGCGUACUGCGUGGAGAAAAGUCGCUUGUUCUGAGUCAGAUAUCCGCCUUCUUGGGAGAAAUUUCCUUGUUUUGUAGUUGCUAAAUACAACUUGUGAGAGGUAAACCGCCUCAAGUGUGAAAAUGUCAAAGAUCUGUGCUUUGGUGUUGAUGACACUUGUGUCCCUGGUGCUGGCGGAAGAACAGAACUUGGAAGAGGACCCAUUCACCUUUGACUACCACAGACUGCGUGUUGGAGGCCUGAUUCUAGCUGCUGUCCUCUGUCUCAUUGGCAUCACCAUCCUGUUCAGUGGCCACUGCAGGUGCAAAUUCAACCAGGACAAGAGGAGGAGGACAGGAAGCAAUGCUCAGCAGAUGCUCUCCGACCAAGGUCGUUCCUGCGACUGCUAGAUGUCAACCAGAAGACACAACCCGAACCUGCAACCAACAAAUAACAUGGAGGAGCUGCAGCGGGAUUUAAAAUAUCCAACGAGAGGCUUUUGUUUUAUUGUUAGAGAGCAACAGAAAGUAGUCUGUGUGUGCAAGAUGUGAUGCUUUCUGCCUGAUAAGUGAGCUACCAAUCUGCAGGCUGCACCUUCACACACACACACACACACACACACACACACACACACACACACAUGCCACUUUCAUUUCAAUUAACUGAAGUUGAUAUGAAGAAACUGUUCCUUCCAUAACUCUGUGUGAAUGCUUUGUCAGUCAUUGUUGAUAGUUUUGGUUGAUUGAACUGAGAGUGACCGGUUAAGAGAAACCUAUUACCAAAAAAAUCCCUUAAGUCUCCACAUACAGUAGGUUGUGUCAAUGUCUCACACUACUUCUGUUGUUUGCACGCUAUGUGUAAGGUAAACAUUGAUGUAGAUAUUAGUCGCCUACGGUGACCAACCUAACCCACUGUCCAUGCUUUUCUGUCACAUAUAUGAAAUCCACGUAGUCCUGAGUGUUUAGAGUGCUUUUGACAAAGUAUGAUAAUCUGUUAAUUCCCAUGUUUAGCUUUAUGGAGGAAAGUAGUGGAUUGCACUGUUCAGAGAUACAGAAACACUCUGUCAUGUUUCUAUAAAAAAACUAUUGAAACAAACAA